AUGGCAGGCUCCUAUGAUAGGUCUACAAUGAUGGCACACUCCUACGAUAGGUCGCCCAACCAUUUCGGCUGGACGGUAGACCGACGGUCUCGCAUCAUGCAGGUGGCGGUGGAGGUAGGCCGGGAACUGGUGGAGGCGGUGGAGCUGGUGGUGGAUUUGGCGGUGGAAGUGGCUCCGGAGGCCAUUCAGGAAACGGUGGACACCAAGGUGGUGGAUCUGGAGGUGGAUUUGGCGGUGGAAGUGGCUCCGGAGGCCACCCAGGAAGCGGUGGACACCAAGGUGGUGGAUCUGGAAGUGGAUUUGGCGGUGGAAGUGGCUCCGGAGGCCACCCAGGAAGCGGUGGACACCAAGGUGGUGGAUCUGGAAGUGGAUUUGGCGGUGGAAGUGGCUCCGGAGGCCACCCAGGAAGCGGUGGACACCAAGGUGGUGGAUCUGGAGGUGGAUUUGGCGGUGGAAGUGGCUCCGGAGGCCACUCAGGAAGCGGUGGACACCAAGGUGGUGGAUCUGGAGGUGGAUUUGGCGGUGGAAGUGGCUCCGGAGGCCACUCAGGAAGCGGUGGACACCAAGGUGGUGGAUCUGGAGGUGGAUUUGGCGGUGGAAGUGGCUCCGGAGGCCACCCAGGAAGCGGUGGACACCAAGGUGGUGGAUCUGGAGGUGGAUUUGGCGGUGGAUUCGGCAGUGGCAGCCUUGGAAGUACUCGUGGCAAAUAAGCACCAAAAUCCCCGACAAAUAAAGAGACAAUGCCUAUAUAUGUUGCCUGCUUAAGCCCCUGUGGCUGUGGAGGAAAUGGUCAACAAGAGACAACAGUUGUCUCUUGUUGAUAUAUAGGCAGAAUCACACCUAACGUCAGUUUGUGACAUUAUGAUGACUCCAGCAUCACAGAUGACGCCAGCAUCACAGAUGACGCCAGCAUCACAGAUGACGCCAGCAUCACAGAUGACGCCAGCAUCACAGAUGACGCCAGCAUCACAGAUGACGCCAGCAUCACAGAUGACGCCAGCAUCACAGAUGACGCCAGCAUCACAGAUGACGCCAGCAUCACAGAUGACGCCAGCAUCACAGAUGACGCCAGCAUCACAGAUGACGCCAGCAUCACAGAUGACGCCAACUUCACAGCUAAAGCCACCAUCAGAGUAAAAAAAAACCUUGAACUACACCUGCUGUAACAAGAAAAUUAAGACGUCUGCAUCACAAUAAAAGGAACGUCCACCUGUACCGCAGUAAUACAAUUUUAUGAAAUUUAAUAUAUAUUUAAACAACAAUAUAUUCUCUAUCAGUUUUAACUUUUCUCGAAUCAUAAACAGUAAACACAGCAUAUUA